AGGCAGCUCAACCACAAGAAAAAACACUCAAGUGAGUGUACGUGUAGUUGAUAUAGAAGAGUACUUAACUCAAAAAUGGUCGUCCUUCAAAGCACCACGCGCCCACUGCAGCUGACCAGUGGGCAUCCUCUGAAAACGAAGCCUAUCUAUGUUUAAGGCCGUGAGAACGUAGGAUCAGAGCUAGUGCAUACUAGAUCAUUGAUGAGUGAGUACUCUGUACGAAUCAGGUCCUUCAUCCCUUCACCCUCAAAGUGAUAUGUGCUCAGAUCAAUGUUGCACGACAUAGUUGCACUUGUUGGAGGAACUACUACAGCGAAUUCAUCUUCAUCUGGUUCUUAUUUCGAAUAACAAGGACUACAACACGGACAGCAAAUGUCUUCUUCUUCUUCGUUCUUAGGCACAUACCUCUUGUUAGGCACAUUCAUUCAUUCAUUUAUUCUAAUCUAUGUCAAGGCGAGACGAUUUGCUGGCUAAAGGGGUGAAUGAGCGAUUAAUGGACGCGGCUGAGGUGGGCAACUAUCGAGCUGUCGGACAAUGUUUACAUUAUGCCUGAUUUUCAUGAUGUUGUCAUGGUGAGCUUUCCAGGCAUAAUUGAUUCUCAUCUUCUUGUUGGAUCUAGUAUUGAUUCACGUAGUUGUAGGCAGGAGCUAAAAAAAUGAAUAUAUUAUACCCUUGUUCGUGGAAAUCAUUACAUCAACUUCUAACCACAAGAAGGCGCUGAUGUGAAUUUUGUAAACCAUAAGGGCUCCUGCCCUCUCGCGGAAGCAGUGGUGAGUGGGUACUUUUUUCUUACUGCUGUUAUAGUUGCAGAAGUUGUAGUACCAUUGUCGUCGUGGUGACGUAGUCCUAUUUUUACCAGCAGCGUAGUGGCAAUUAUACCUCCAAAUGGUAGUUGUCCUCUUCAUGCUGGUUCUUAUGGUCGCUCUGUUAGAACACACCAGAUAGUGUCUCUCGAACUUAGUUGAGGCUUUGCCUUUUCCCUGUCAGUGUUUGGGGUCGGGGUUCCCAAUACUUUGGAAACUGUCAGUGUCUGAUGAUUGGAAACUGUCAGUGUUUGGGGUCGGGGUUCCCAAUACUUUGGCCAAGUAUGCCGGGGAGGCUUCUCCAAAUAAGUACCUAAUCUAGCUCAACCAUUUUCUUCUUACUUACUCCUUCUAGUUGUGUCCUCUUCAUGCUGGUUCUUAUGGUCGCUCACCUCUAUCUCUAACAAUAAGUUACUUCUUGAGAACAAGAAGCACCUCAUGUUCUUUAUACAACCAGCAAGCAGCACGAGCACCUCUUCAUCAUUGACACACAAGAAUUUUUGGUAGAAGUAUAAAUGCUUAUGUACUUCGAUGUUUCCGCCACAACAAGGCGCGAUCUUUCACUGAUAUUUCUCCAGGAAUUGUCCCAGCGUUGGCCUCCUGCUUCGGGCGGACGCGGACCCAAAUAUUGCGAAUGCAUGGGAGAGGAGGACGCCUUUGCAUCGUGCUUGCUUUCACAAGUUUCGCGAUAUCGCUAGUCUGCUGCUUCUCUAUGGCGCGAACCCAUUUUCGAAAGACUCCGAUGGCUCACAACCGGGUGACUUAGGCCUAACUACCUUCCUGGAACAACAUAUCACUGGAGAAGAAUGCCUAUACGAGGAUGAGCAUGGGCAAGAUGCUGUGGAGGCGUUAAGGAAAGGAUCAAGAAGAUUAAAAUUACAUCCUUAUAUAUUAAAUCUUCAAACACAUCCUCAUCCAAUUUUUGACAUCUACUAAGUAGAUUUUACUUCAAAUUGUUAUUGUCUGGAUUUAAUUCUUAUUGAGUCUUGCUUUGUUUUUUAGCAGGAGCUGGAGCCCUAUGCUUAUAUACAUCAAUAUGUUUCGCGCCUCCUUGUAACACUCUCUCCUUGUAAGAAUUGAAAGUAGAAGAAGAGGUGCUACCAGCAGUAGGAAUCCAACCUUGGAGGUUGUUCUACCUGUCGUAUAAAUCUCCCUAGAAGUAGUCGUUGACGUACUUUUUCCAUCAUCAUCAUCAUCAUCAUAAGCAAAACUCUAAAUCUAGACGCAGAUGUUAUGGUCGUGGAGGGUGGAAAUGAGCAACCUGCUGCGUCGGAGGAGAGACUUCUGCCAGCUGAGAACGCCGAAGCGGGAAAGGAAGACGCAAAGACAAAAAAGAGUACGAGCUCUUCUACUGGUAAAGCAGGUCGACAAGUUUUUAUGCUGAUGCUGGUGGGUGUGUGGAAAAGCUUAAUUGCGUAGGAGCUACUGGUACAGAGUGUGAGUGACACCAUCUUUUUUGAAAUCAUGUUGUUGUUACAACUGCGUUAUUUAGUGUAGUACUGGGAUCGAGCGAGUAAGAGGCCCUUCCUUGCUAUCUUCAUUUUCUAACCCGUCCGAAGAGAACAAGACAAAGUUAGCAGAAUUUCGUGCAAAUUGGGCACGCACACGGGAAGAUAAUGCUGCUAAGGCAGCGGAGGCGCAAGCGGCAAAAACAAAAGCAGAUGAGGAAGCUCGAGCACUAGCUGAAAAAGAAAAAGCGGAACGAGCUGCCUGGCAAGAGAAAAUCGCUGCUGAAAAUAUGACAAUAUGUAAGUAAAAUACUGGUUCACGACAGUGCUGAUAUUCAUUUCUUCAACAGCACGACCAGCACGACUACACUGUUUAAGUACUAUAUAUUUAUAGUAUAUUGUUCCUCCACCUAUCCUUCAUUCCACAAGCAGCAAAGGAGGCUGAGCAGCGUGCAAAAGCGGAGGAGCGGGAACGAGACCGCAAAGCGGAGUUAGAAGCUAUGCGUCUAGCCGCGCACGAAGCAGAUCCUGAAGGCGCGGCAGCAGAGGAGCAAAUGCGUCUAGAGAUGGAGAGAAGACAGCAGAUCUGCGUGAAAGUGGGGAAUUCUAUGGAAAUGGAAUUGGAAUUUAUCAGAUCCGAUGUGGCUAAGAACGUGAAAAAUAUUUUUGGUGGUACAUCACGAUCAUUGAUUGAAGCAACUUCUUCUCCAACCUGAAGUUUGAUUGCUAUUAAGUGCACGCAGACGCACUUUUUCAUCGAAGUGUUACAAGUAGAACAAGUUGCUUCUCUAAUCCUUCCGGAGAAAGUUCCGUAAAUGGCGUGUAUCAGUGCGUUUUUUUCGAUACGUACAGGGUGGAAUACAGAGGUGUGGAGAACAAGAACUGCAAUUUGUUUUGGUCAUCCAUUGCGAACGAAUGGCGACUGUGCGUGAACGGCUAUAAGGCAGGAAAUACCCUCUACAGAAACCCAAAAGUCACCAAGACCAAGGAGGUACUGCUUUAUGAGUACUAUCGUGGUCUAGAGUACUUUGUUGUUCUGUUGACGUUUCCUUUUCUUCAUCUUGCUCUGCUACGUGUUUUUCUUCCUCGUCCUGCUCUUCUUUUUCUUGUACAUCUAGAUCUACUUCUACAUUUUUUUGUGUCUUCUUCGGUUCCCAUCAUUCACAUUUUUGUUGUGCAUCUACAUUUUUUCGUUUCUAACGCUCAUGUUGUACAUCUACUAGAUCUUCUAGUACAUGUUUGUGCUGCUUACCUACCACGUGAUCUUGCAUCAACCAGUGGUUGACAACCAUUUUCUGGUACAACUUCGUCCAGGUUCCUCUCAUAGGUUGGUUGCCCUGGUUCGGCAAGACACCCUGCCCUAGCCUCGAGACUGCCGAACUCACUGCGUUGCAAAAGGAAGACAGUAGUACAACUUCAUCUUCAACAACAUCAGAACAACCACAAGCCGAGACAAGUUCAUCAGUAGACAACGACAAGUACAAGGAGGCAUCAGCUUUAGCUUCAGGAAAAGAGGUCAGCAAGAAGAUCUCUUCAUCUGAUCAUGCUGGAACAAGUAGGAAAGAAUUUCUUGAGUGUCGUUCAAUUCUGGAUAUUUGCGCUUCGACGGAAGUAGACGCCCUUACUGCAGAAACAGCUGGCGGGAAAAUAAACGUGGUCACCGAUGUCACUGACAUAGUCCUCAAAAAACAAUUAGAGCGGCUUCUAGCCUUCGAACAAGCACCAAUCGACAUUGGAGAUCAUGUUGAAGAAUUGCUUGGUGCUGAAGAUGGAGUAGAGCAAGAGGAGGAUGGGAAUGCAAGUACUAGUACCAGUGCGACCACUGCAUGGGCAAAGAUAGAAGAAUGCAAGCAAGAAGGUAACGCGGCUUAUGGCGCUGGAAAAAUCCAAACUGCACUAGCUGCCUUCAGUCGGGCAUUGGAAGCAGUUGGACGUGUUGCAGAAGGAAUCGAAGGGACGAAAUAUGCAACAGACAAGAGAUCAAAAGCUGUGAUGAUGCGAGUCAGCGGGAUGUUGUCAGUGCUGCACUCGAAUCGAUCAUUAGUAUUUUUUUUGUUGCUGACUUCCUUCGUUCUUCUUAUAAAUUCAUUUCUUUAUCUAAGUACUAUGUGUACAAAUAUUGCAUGCAUGCUACAGAACCCAAUUUUUUUUUUGUUUUCCACCUCUUGAAGCGGCACAUAGUAGUAACGAGACCCCGUUUUCAACAACUACCAACCAACCAGGUCUUGCUGAAAGUGAUAUCGGAGAAGCUCUAUGACGAUGCAGCGAUUGUCGACGUCCUGUACGAACAGGUGAAGAGCGAUAGUACCAAAGCUCUGCAAGCAGAAGGAGGGAAAGUGUUAUGUUCAGAUUCAGCUUCUAGAAUCUACAUCUACUUGUUUAUCAAAGCGUGAAAAAACACAGUUACAGUCGACGUGGUUAUCGUCCACCAUCUCUCUAACCCCUGGCACUUCCUCUUCUUCCACGAAGACUACGAGCAAGAUGAAGAUGUUUUACCGUAGAGCUCUUGCUUGUCGCGGCCUUGGGCAGUUAGAUUAAGGCUGGUUACCGCUGAAGAAUCAUCCUGCUCAGCGCCAUCGAUCCGUGGCGCUUUUUGUAUUUGAAAAAGCAGCCUUUUCUUGAAGAAGAAGGCUCCAAGGAUCUCUAAGUAGAGCAAGCACUAGAAGACAUAACGCGUGUGGUCGAGUACUAUGAAGUAGACUGCGGCUCAACCAAUGCGGAGGCGGUUCAAUUACGCGAAGCGAUUCUGGAAGAAGUAAAAGCUGAGGACAGGAAAUGGGGCACUAGUAUUAAGGGCAGAUUUGAUGAAGUUGAAGAUUCUAAGUACUGAUUGUGUAGUUGAGUAGGUUGUACACCAUGAUCCAUGAUCCAUGACCUGAGAAUCGAUCAAUAAUCCUGGAAGUAGGUACGUAGCAGGUGGAGUAGUUGGAGAUCUCAACAUAGGAAGUCAAGUUCGUGAAGAUCGCAUCACAUCAUAUUAUUAUAAUUAAUACCUCGCCUACGACGUCUACUUACCUUAUUUUCUAUGUCUAUCUUUCCUAGGUAGGUUGGCUCCACCACAAAAAUUAAUACCAAAUCUAAUGCUUAAGCCAAGAACCGUUACAACGCAGUAGCUAGCACUCGAGAUAGGUCUAGACGGGAACCAGGACGAGUUGAAGGCAGUGCAAAACCCGAGAAAAUGGUCGUCAUGUCCUCGUCGAGUUCGAAGACAGGGGCUAAAGAAGAAAAAUGGACCCGAUCGCUUGUCGAGAAACGACUUCAUCGUAUAAUUGUCUAUUCUCCACCCUAGAAGACCUCAAGCGACUGUAACAUUGUCGCCCUUUUUGUUUUUGUUCUUACGACCUGCUGUGAGUGUCGUCCUCAUGAUGAAGAACUUCCUUAGCAUUUUUGAUUUUGACGUCGAAGUUCAAUUUGUAUCUACUUCCUCCACGUCCUGACAUCAAGAACAUGUGACCUCUAUGAUACAUUGAAUCCUGCUCAGGUCCUCCUCUCCCUGGUCAGAGUGCCGCAUUUUUCGCAUCGUUUUGUCCUGCUGGGGAAUUUGAGAAGCUCUAUGGUGGAGGAGCGAAGUUGCCUGUGGAGGCUUUCGGAACUCUAGUGUGCGCACUGCUUGAUGCGACGUCGUGUCCAGAUAUGUUGAGCAUGAAGGAAGAUUGUAAGAAAUAUCUCACAGUCGCAGAAAAAAGCGUGUCUGAGGUGGAUUUAGCCAUGUUGUCAGAUAAAGAGAUGAACAAUUUGGAGAAGUUGAAGAAGAGCUUAGGCCUAUGAGGACGAUCGUAGGAUCAUCACGGCAGAAGCAGUGAAUGAACCCAUGUUUAAGAUUAUAGUUUUUCAUCUAAGUUAGCAGUGUCUUAUGUUGUUGCCAUUCAGAUGCUUUCCUUACGGUACCAAGAAUCAGCACGGCAGAAGCAGUGAAGGAAGGGGAGCAGGUGGCUCGUAAUCGUAAAUAGGUUCUUGAUUCAGUCACCAGCAGGUGUACUUUUCACGGUGGGUAAAAAGUAGGUAGAAGUUGUACAGACUCGGAAAAAGAUGAAGUAGAGCAAGUAUAGAAAAUAAUGCGAAUGCAAUUCAGAUGUUAUAGAAAAAGAAAGUGGGUAUAAUUUGCGAUUGCGUGCGUUUGCUCUGUUUCAUGCUUCGCGUGACCAUGCUACGUACCUCUAGAAACCGAUGAAUUUUUUCAUGGCAAGAACAACUAUAACUCUAACUCUCUCUCAGUCUCAGCUGAAAUGAUUGCAGAGGACAAAAAGACUGCGACAGGAAAACAACUCUAUCUAAAUCAUCAGCAAACAAAGAGGAUUUGUUGAUGGGAUGCAUGCCAUUACUGAUGUGCACUUGCAGUUGGCGUCGUGAAGCCGAGACCCUGUCCGCGCU